GCCACCCGCAGCGAGUACGAGCUGCAGCUGAACACGGCCCUCCUGGCGAAGUGCUUCCGCUGCCGCCUGUGGGAGAACAGCCGUCACGUGACCCGCCAGCUGGAGAGCAUUGGCCCCUCCUUCAGCGCCGCCUUCGUGCACGCCAAGAUCACGUCCUUCAGCGCUCUCGAGGCACUGUCGCCCAGGGAUGUGGAGCUCAUCCUCAACAGACAGCCUCCCUUUGGUAACAAGAUACGCGAUCAGGCGGUCAAGUUGCCACGCUACGAGCUGACUCUUCAACAAACCAAUGAGGUAGCGCCGCGAACUAGCGAAGUGCGUGUCACGGUCGACCUGGUGAACAAAGACGACCUGGUUUCCGGCGCCACGACUCCCCGCCACCACUCGUGUCGCCUCGUCAUCGGGGACCUUGGCAACUGUGUCGUCUUCCAUCAGAGGAUCACGGAUGCUGCGCUCCUGGUUGCGGGCUCCGUCUCGCGCUCGUUCACGGCGUCCAGGUCGCACGCGGGAGAUGAGCUGGCCGUCAAUCUCCUCUCGGAGACGUGGGCUGGCUUGGACGUACAGAGCUGCUACACGCCCCGGUACCUGGGUCCUCCACCUACUCCACCUCUUCCACUGGCGUCCGCGUCCACUCCUGCGCCAGAGGAUGCUCAGACUCCCCAAGGCGCCGGGUCGCUCGGCAGGGGCGGCGGAGGGCAGGCGGGGCGUCGCGCUUGCCUCCACGCGUGCGGCGACAAGACGGCGUGCGCCCACAGCUGCUGCAAGGUGGGCGUGUCGGGGCGUGGUAAGAGUAAUAGCAGCAGCAGCAGUAACAACAGCAGUAGCAGCAUCGCCACCAACAGCAGAAGCGGCAGCGGCAACAGGCAGAAGCAGAGUCUGCCGGGGCUGGUGCAGGAGAUGCGCGCGCGCGCCGGCCAGCUGCCAUUCACGCCCGGCAAGAAGAUCAAGAUGGCAGAGGGGGAAGGGCGAACAGACGGACAAAAUCCAAGCCUCGCAAGAUUCCGCUACACGUCCAACCGUCCUCGCCUGCUGCCGCUUCCCGUCCCGAAAGGCGGCUCCAAGAACGACGGCGUCCUUCGCGGCAGCAAGCCUUCGGAUCAAGACGUCAGGAACUUCUCACUCGCCAAGAACCAACCGAACCUUCACCAUUUUUUCCCGAAGAGCCAGAACGGGGGCGGCGGCGGCAGAGUCGAGUCCGCCACCUUCGACGCCCACGAGAACGCCCCGGAGGGUUUUUCCAGCGUCGAGGAGCGCGAGGCGUUCGAGGACCUCGUGAACACCUUCGGCUGCGAGAACAAGGACAACUUCUCCGGUGACUUUGAUGACGACGACGACGACGACCUCCUCUUGGCCGAGGCGUCGAUGGGAGAGCCGCGCGGGGACGGCGAAUACGACGAAGCGUUCAGCGAACCUCUGGGAAUUGAGGACGACUUUUGUGACCGGAACCCUUCUGGGAACCCUCCUCGGAAUGUUUCCAACGGCCGCAGUCGCAGUUCUUCUCGGUCCCCCCAGAAUGGAGGAGGAGCAGGAAGGAACUCUUCUGGUUCACCUGCACCCGGCGACCAGCACCAAGGAUGGGGCUCGGGGAUGAAUGCCGGCUUCAGGGAAUCUCAGGUGCCUCCGGGUGCUCGAGGCCGUCUCUUUCAAGGACCGCGUUCACAAGGCAGUGCUUCCCAAAGCCUGCCUGUCGGGCCUCAGGUUACUCAAGGCAAUCAGUUCCAGAGAACACUUAGUGGCCAAGGAAAACCCAAGACCACCUUGUAUACAGGGCAAUCGAUUCCAACGGCCACCGUCUGCACAGGGGAAUCAGGUCCAAAGGCCACCUGUAGCGCAACACAACCAAUUCCAGCAACCACCACACACAGUGGGAAAUCAGUUCCAGCGACCACCACACACUGUGGGAAAUCGGUUCCAGCGACCACCUAAUGAGCAAAUCAACCAGAUCCAAGAACUGCCAGGUAAUCAUUUCCAACAGUCUCAGUGUUCACAAAACCAGUUUCAGCGAACUCCAAAUACACAGGUCAGUCAGACCAAAAAAUCUUCAGCCCCACAAGGGUAU